GAUAUUUUUUCAUGAGAUACCGGAAUUAUGUAACCUGCAUCAUCGAGAUAUAAAAUGGCCAAUAGAUUAAAUGAAAAUAUGCACUGACAAUCUGCCCCCAACCAUACUCCAUCAAUAGCUCAUUAAUGAUUCUGCAAUUCUUAAACUUAUCAUGUUUAUCAUACUUAAAAUAGCAGCCAGCAUAAGUGAUUGUAAAUUUGUCAGAGUAGUCUCUCUCUGUCACUCUAGAUCUCUCUCCAUUCACAAGAAAUGGUGAACCUCGUCGCCGCCAUAAUGCCGCUGUUACACUGCCUCGUGAAGAUGGCCGGAAUAUCCCCUCACGCCGUCGAAAUCGAGCCGGGCACCGUCAUGAACAUUUGGGCCACACCAAAAAACAGAACGCGCAACGACAAAACCAGCGCUCGCGUUAAACGAGCUGUUGUACUCGUCCAUGGCUUCGCGGGCAGCGGCAUCAUAACGUGGCUGUUCCAGGUUUUAUCUCUGAGGAAGAAGUACGCGGUCUACGUGCCCGACCUCCUCUUCUUCGGCGGCUCCUCCACCACCAGGCCGGAGCGGUCGCCGGCGCUCCAUGCGGAGUGCCUCGCGAAGGGGCUGAGGAAGCUGGGAGUGGAGAGGUGCACGGUGGUGGGAUUCAGCUACGGCGGCAUUGUGGCGUUCAAGAUGGCGGAGAUGCAGCCGGAGCUGGUGGAGGUCGUGGUGGUUAGUGGGUCAGUGGCGGAGCUGAGUGAAUCGGUUAGCGGAGAUGUGCUUCGUAGGCUCGGGUUUUCGUCGUUGUCGGAGAUGCUGCUGCCGGAAUCUGUUGAGGGGUGUAAGGCUCUUUUGAGAAUCAGCAUGCAUAAGAAGCUCUCCUUUCCCAAUCGUCUCUACAAAGACUUUCUUGAGGUGAUGUUUGUAAAUACAAAGGAAAAGGCCGAGCUGCUCGAGGCUCUCAUAGUUCUUGAUAAAGAUGCAAAAAUCCCCAAACUCUCUCGGAAAAUACAUUUGUUGUGGGGUGAGGAGGAUCAGAUAUUCAAGCAAGAACUUGCUCAACACAUGAAAGAGGUGGUAGGAGAUAACGCAACGUAUGAAAGCAUCAAGAAAGGAGGUCACUUAGUUCAUCUUGAAAGGCCCUUUUUCUACAACAAAUGUCUCAACCACUUCCUUGCUUCCUUGCCACCACCACAUUCAUCCCAAUAAACGCACGCAUAGUUAUGUUUGAAAUUCCUACUGUUUAAACUUGCUUCUCCUGAUUUUAUUGCUCUUCCUAUCUAUCCACUGUUAAAUGCUUCA